AUGGAUCAACAAAAACAUAGGGGACCUAAAAGGACAAGAGAAAGUUCUACACAAUCUGAAACGGAUGUAUUUGUAGCUGAUAAUUUUACAGAAAUGAGUGAAAAUAUAGAAGCAUUGAGAGCACAAAUGGAUACCAUGCUCACAAAACAAGAUUUGAAGUCUUUCAUAUGCGAGAUUACAACUUCAGUGGCAAGUAAAGUCAUCGAAGAAAUCAAAGGUGAGAUAAGUGAUUGGUCAAAAUCAACCAAUUCUAGAUUAGACACACUUGAAAACAAAACUCUUAAAAAUCAAUUACAAGAAGCACAUGAAUUAAUACAAAUAAAUUCAGCAAAGGUGAAUGAAGCAAUAAUCAUGUCAAAUUACAAUGAACAAUACUCUAGGAAACAAAACAUUAAGAUACCUGGAUUGCCUGAAAGUGAGAAUGAAUGUUUAGUGGAUAAGUUUUGCGAUGUACUCAAGGAUGUCUGGAAUAUGAACAUUGCCACGGAAGAUAUAAAAGCUAUUCACAGAUUAGCAUCAAAGCUAAAAAACAAUGCCAAGCCAAUAAUAGUUAAACUUGCGACUAGUGACAUAAAAUCAAAAAUAAUGAGACAAAAAUCUGCCUUGUUUGAUCGAAAUCUGAAGGUCAUUGACGAUAUAACAGUCAGAAACAUGAGUCUUAUAAAUAAACUGAGAACAACAUACAACAUAGAAUCUGCAUGGUAUUUUAAUUGUAGUGUAUAUGCUAAAGCUGUUGGAAAAAAAAGAGUUAAAAUAGAUAUCUUUGAUGAUGUCUAUAAGGUAUUUAGUGCACCGAAGGAAGAUUAG